GCUCUGGGUGACUACUGCCGCAACGCAGAGCAGUUUCAAGUACAGUUAAGAGUCGUAUAUUCUUUUGAUUCGAGAGAGACUCCUUCGUGGUGUUGGCGGCAUGGUCACCCUUUUCCAAGGGGAAGGGGGAGCUGAUCUGCGGAUGGUGAAGGUCGAGCGAAUGGAGUGUGGGAGAUGCAAGCUGAAAGGGUGGGCGGGAGACGAUUUCCAGGAGGACGGCGUGUUCAACUACAACGGCAGCCUUGUUGUAGAACUGCGAGUCCUCUACCGAAUCCGCGAGGCUGUUUGUGCCGGUACUCCGGCAUCUACCUGGGUGAAAACUUUUCUGCGGCCCCUGCUGGACAACAUCGAAUGGCUGGACGCAUCAGAAACAAACAGCUGGUUGGGUUCACGGUGA